AUGGUUGCCGUGGUAAACCUUUAUCUCUUUAGCCUCAUAUAUACACUAGCUCUCGGAGCACCGCCUCUCACGCCACCCUCACUGAGACUCAUCAACCUCUCGCAUACUAAUGCAACAUUCCAAAGCCCCUUCCCAUCAUCGCCCUCCUCAAACCACCUCCCACCAUCCCCCUACUACUACACCACCCCCUCCACCCCCAUAAGGCUCAAGUUUUACGCCUACGGCUCCUCUCUUCCCUCGCAAAAUGUUCACGUGGUCCUCAACACCGCCCUUCGAGACGUCAACGCCCAGCUCCACCCUGAAAACCUAGUCACACAACGCAUGUUGAAUUACUCAUCAGGAAAGGUGUAUAUUGUGAUACACCAGAACGGACACAUGACAUGGGAGGUGCUUGAAAUGACGAUUUGGGGUUUAAUGCAUUUUUUGAAGACUUAUGAAUGCGUGGAUUUCGAGUUUGAUAUUGGGGUGUUUGGGAUGGAAAAGGCGUUUGGGACGGGGGUUUUGGGGGCUUUUGGAUAA